CGCGCGCUGCGUGCUCGGGGCCGCGCCAGCCCGGGUGGCCGCGUGCAGGGCGCAGGGAAGUGAGCCCAGCAGGGAAGAUGGAGCUGGCCACGCGCUCCCAGAUCCCCAAAGAAGUAGCUGACAUCUUCAAUGCUCCCAGUGAUGAUGAAGAGUUUAUGGGUUUCCAGGAGGAUGUUCCCAUGGAAAACCUGUCAGAGAGCUGUGGUAGUUUGGACUCACUGGAGUUGGAGAAACAGCAGAAUGUGUGCUUCCAUUCCAAAUACUUAACAGAAGAACUAAGAAGGAUUUUCAAAGAGGACACGGACUCAGAAAUGGAAGAUUUUGAAGGAUUUACGGAGAGCGAGCUGAACAUGAGCAGUAACCCAGAGCUCAUGGAGUCGGAGCUGAGCGACAGUGACAAAGCAUACUCCAUGAUGAGUGAUGCAGAGGAAGAUGAUGAAGAGGAGGCUACACCUAGAAGAGGCAGGUCCACAAGAAGAAGCAGUUUUGGUCUUCGGGUAGCCUUUCAGUUCCCCACCAAAAAAUUGGCAAAAACACCGGAUAAAAAUGGCUUACACUUGCUGAACAGUAAGACGGAUCUUAGAAGAGAGAAGAGCUCCAGACAGCCCAAGGAAAAGGACGACUCUGCUUCUGACGCUGAGGACGAGUCCAGAGCUGAGAGCCAGGGGAAUUCAGAUGCUCUGCUGAAAAGGGCCAUGAACAUCAAAGAGAACAAGGCUAUGCUUGCUCAGUUGUUGGCAGAAUUGAAUUCGGUGCCAGAUUUCUUCCCUGUUCGGACGCCACCUUCGGCUUCUAGGAGGAGAACACCACGACGGGCCUUCUCAGAGGGACAGAUCACACGGCGCAUGAACCCAACCCGGAGCGCACGACCCCCAGAAAAGUUUGCUCUGGAAAACUUUACCUUCUCAGCCACCAAGCUUACUGAAGAGCUUUACAGUUUCAGAAGAAGAAAGACAAUCAGUGGGGGGAAAUGCCAGAAGUAUAGACGUCACCGAAUAUCUUCUUUCCGCUCAGUGAAAGACAUUACUGAGGAAGACUUGGAAAACAUUGCCAUAACUGUGCGUGAUAAAGUCUAUGAUAAAGUGCUUGGUAACACGUGCCAUCAGUGCCGGCAGAAGACCAUCGAUACCAAGACGGUCUGUCGGAACCAGAGCUGUGGCGGUGUGCGGGGACAGUUCUGUGGGCCUUGCCUGCGGAAUCGCUAUGGGGAGGAUGUGCGGACAGCGUUGCUGGAUCCGGAGUGGACAUGUCCUCCCUGCCGUGGCAUCUGCAAUUGCAGUUACUGCCGGAGGCGAGAUGGUCGCUGUGCUACUGGAAUUCUCAUUCAUCUGGCCAAGUUCUACGGUUAUGAUAAUGUCAAGGAGUACCUGGAGAGCUUACAGAAGAAGCUGUAGAAGGCAGUCGAGACGAGAGGGAUCGCUCGAACUUACCAGGCGGAGUCCCACAAGAUGAGUCUGCUCUUCGUGCCAGCCUUAGACGCUUGUUUUCUAGAAUUUACUGGUUCUACUGCUGUUGUUUAUAAAAGAUGUUUAUAUGCUUAAAAAGGUUUCUCAGGAAAAAUAGUAAAGCAGAAAUCUGUAUCCGUACCUGCAUAGACCUGUAUUGUGACAAGUAUCUGCUGAAGAUUUAAAAGCACAGUUUGAGUGGGGCAGAGUUAAUGCUCAGGUAAGUUAUAAAGAAGACCUUGUCUGACAGCUCUCGCCUUUGAUGCUCAGCUUCCCCACGGUCACUCCCUUCCUGCAGAGGCUGUUGCUUGCCUCCCGAGUGACCAUAGCUCAAACCUGAUAGUUUAUCCUGCUCUGGAUGUUAAAUUCUGGGUCAUUAGAAAUUUAUAUUGAAGAAUGUUACUCUAAACUCCCAAGUGCAAUUAACCACACACUGUGAGUAAGGUGUCCUUUUUAUUAAGGGACAACAGAAACAGACACUGGAGGCCUCACUGUGCUUGCCUCUUCCUUCAGGACCUGCCUGGAGCCUGCUGCUUCUUAUAGAACUCUCACUGCAUUGUUUCCAAGACUUAGGGAUACAACAUAAGCCAUGGUGUUUUGAAUGGGUGUUGGGGGAAGCUAAAAUCAAUAAGUAUUCAUCCCUUAUAGGUGUUUGGGCCUUGUGUACUGUGAUUACUCACCCUCUCUAACAAAAGAAUGUAUACACCUGUUACUAAAACAUGCUCGCUGUGUCUGGCUGAAACCAGAGGAACAUGAGCUAUAGUACCAAGGAUGUUCAUGCUUCCAGCAAUAGAGCCACACCUGCCAGUACCCACUUAGCUAUCCUGUCUUUACUCCUUAGCCUGAACGUCCACACAUAGGUGGGGCCUCUUGCUUUGGUUUUGUAAACGGGGCACUCAUAGGCAUACUUAAUUUCUUGUCUGUCCAUGGGCACGGCUUUGGCAAAGAUGACGGGCAUCGUGGACGUUAACUCCUUAAGGCGUGCAUCAACAAGGGCUCCUGAUUGGAUGUCCCACCUGGCACCUGUGGCAGAGACAACAGUUGUGUAACUGGCAUGCCAGUUCUGAUGCUCUAAUUGUUCCAUGCAAUAAAUGUUCCACUUUUACCACGUUGUCACCUGUCUGUGGCAUCCUUGUGCAGUUUGAGAUGUUUAAUUAAUGGUUUAACUGCUUUAUAAGAUCAAAUUCCCAUGAAAGAAACACACAGCUCUCUUAACAUCCUUUCCCACUGCACUUAACA